AUGAAGCUAUUUGUAUUUUUUUUAACUGUUUUUAGUAGCAUAUUUAUAUGCUCCACAACUGUUCCUUUCACUUUACGUGCUCGAGGUAAUAAAAAUGGAAGAGGAAACGUAGACCUCUAUGGACCUUUCGGAUUACCUCUCGGAUUCUUUAAUGCUGGUGUUGCUACUCCUCGAUCACCAAAUGCUAGGCCUAAUCAACCACCAGCAUCAGCACAAUUUCGACCACAACCCCCACCCCAAGCAGCAGCGCCACUUCCGCCGCCACCACCACCACCACCACCACCGCCGGGACUGCCACCACCACCACCGGGACUGCCACCACCACCACGGGGACUGCCACCACCACCACCGGGACUGCCACCACCACCGCCAGGUUUUCCCUUUUAA